AUGAUAACCUUAGAUGAUGACUAGCAACUGACUACUUUAACUAAACUACCUAGCACAAUGGAUAAGUUAAAGUCAAAGUAAUUUAGCGAUUAGAGCUUUGACACUUCGAAGUCUAAAGGAAUGAGGUUUAGAGUCAUGAGAUAGAAGAUUCUAUAGCCAAAGAUUAAUGAUCAAGGAUAGUCUGAGGAUAUAAAUCUCAAUCAACCAAGACUUAAUGCAAACUUACGCUACAGCGAUGACAAGUACAAAUCUUAGUAUAAUUCUACUAAUAAAAGUUAGUAAGAGCAUAGGUAAAAACUAAUAUACCUUUAAAAGGAUUUGACAGAAGAUUAGAAAAUGAAAGAUCUCUAGCAAUACUAAGACAAGCUUCAAGAGCAGUAUUAAAUUGACGAGAGCUCUAUAUUUGAGAUGAAUGAAUAGAUCAGACUUAAGGAUCAGAGAUUCAAGUCUCUGGAAGCAUUGUACUCAGGCCUAAAUUUUCAUGAUAUUUCCUAGAAUGAUGAGCAAAUACUUAAUAGCUUCAGGUCUAAAAGAGAAGUGUUAGGAUCGAUUGAGGAUUUCAAAAAGCAUCAUAAGCAUAAGAUUGAACUUCGAACUUAGUAAUAAACACCUAAAUAGCAACUUAUGCUUGGCUAUUUGAACUUAAAGAUCCAAAAGGAUUAUUUAUAAAAAGUAGAUAAUGAAAAUCCAGAAAUGGGAGGUGGAGCGACUAAAUCAAUAAAUACUAACUCUAACUCAACAAAUAUAAGACAAAGAAAAAGUAGGAUCGAAACUAAAGAGGGUAUAAUAUACUGGCAAAAAUAGAUUGAUGAGGACUAAGCUAUUAAGGAGUUGUAGUAAAUAGAGUCGAGAAUUGAACUUAAUAAGAGACUAGAAGACAAAGAAUUAAGGAUAAGAGAAGUUAAGGAUGUAUAUAGAGUGAUUGCUCAUCAAAGACAGGGCAGAGCUCUUGAUAAGUAUGAAAGAUUUAAUAAAGAUUGGGAGUAUAAUGACCAACUAAUUAACCAGAAAAUAAAGAGGAAGCAAUAGUCUCAAUCAUUAAUUAAUUAGCAGGAUAGCUUUAGAUCUAAAACAGAAAUUAGGAGCAUACUUGAUAGGUCAAAACCAGAUUCCCUGAUUUAUGGGUCUGAAAUGGGCUGGAAAAUGAAUCUCAGACUUAGCAAGUAUGAAAGAUUUAAGCGAGGUGAUAAGGUUGAACUCAUAAGAAAGAGUUCCCCUUGCAUAUGGGGCAACGAUUCUUUUAAUAAGGCUAAUAACUCACUUGCUGAAAAUAAUGAAAUAUUUUCAAAGCAGUCCUCAGAUUUGAUUAAACAAUUCAAGAUGAAUCGUAUAAGCAAAGGAGAAAGAGAGGAACGACUAAAAAUGAUAAAGAAUUAUAUGCCUACCAUGUAAAAAGACCAGGAUUUAUAGUCAAUUAGCCUUCACGGAUAGAAUGUACUUAAAAAAGAAAAGAGUUAUUUGUAGCAAUUGAUAGGUAAAGAUGCUAAUUAAAUGGCUUAAAUGUCAACUAGUAAUGAUAAAAAGUACUUUAACUUUGAGAAUGUAGAAAGUUAGAAUAAGUAAAAGAGAGAUUUGUUCUGGAUUAAUUGCUUUUCAGGCUAAGAUUAAAGUAAUAACGAAGUUUGA